AUGGAUAAUUAAUUAGGGAUUGGUGCAUUUAAGUUUCAAUCACUAGUUAGUAGAGAGAUGAGAUCUUCCAAAGAUACCAUCAAUAAUAGAUCUCAAUUCAGAAUUGAACAUAGACUAUCUCUUAUUGAAAAAAGUAAAUAACAAUUAAAACCUCCCAGAAAAACCAAUAAUAAUUAAAUAUCUAGAAGCUCUGAUAGAUAACAUGCUUUAAUGUUAGGCGAGAAAAAAAUUUAAUAAUUCAUUCUAAAUGUAUCCUCAUCUAGUAGUUCAUCAAAUUCUGAAGGAACUAAUGAAAAAGAAGAGAAAUCUCGUGCUAUUAAUUGCAUUAAAAAAUUAGGCAUGGUAUAUAUGUUCCUUUAUCUUUAGGCCAUCUUUACUCCUUAACCAUCUCCAUAAAAAUAAUCUACUACUUAAAGAAGUUAAUCAAAAACUAAUAAAAAAGAAAUUCACUUUCUACGUAGUUUAUGUUAAAAUUCAGAAUUAACUAAUAAUAGUAUCAUUAAAUUAGAUGAGUAUAAAAUAGACAAACAAAUCUAUGUAGAUAUAGAUUGUAAAGAAAUUACUACAUUUCUAAGAUUAUAACAUGAAGUUGAAGAAAUGAGAAGAAAAUAAACUGAUUUUUAAUUUUAAAAAGAAAGGCAUUUUGAAGAAUUGGAAGAGAAACAUCCUAAAAAAUCAAAAGAAUAAUAACAUGAAGAUUUUUGGACUGUUUUAAUGGCAAAGAGAACUGCUAAAAAAUUGAUAAAAAAUAUGAAUUGGAAACGCAAAAAUCCUGAAGAAGAAAAAAAGGCCUUAAGCAAAAGUAUUCAUGCUUAGUGAUUUUU